CCCCCUCCGCCAUGCUUCGAGACACAGCACUGAUGCGGAUGAGCAGACCAGUUUUUUUCCCAUCUGCUGGAGAUAGAGCGAGUGAGAACGAGUAAGCUAGACAGAGAGAGAGAAAGAGAGAGAGAGCAAGACGGAGGAAGAGAGGGAGGGAGGGAGGACGAGCUAGCGGUGCUCAGAGACACUGCAACCAUGUUAGCUGUAAACAAUGGCACAUGAGGUGCUGACAGACACAGUGGAAGACAGAAGAAGAGGUGUGCUUUUUUUCGGGGAGGGGAGUCUCGUGUGAUUAUGGGGGACACAGGGAGAAGGAUGCGCCCCACGGACAGACCUCCUCGACCCGCGGCAGUCCGGGAUUCAACGGCAUGCGCAUGAGAGUUUGGACUAGCCGGCCUUCCCGAACUCCGCCCGAUGGGACUCCACGGGACCUGAAGACGGACGGCUCGAUACGAUCCAGCGGCGGCGAUGGCCACUGACCCCCCGCGCCCCGCCUCUCUGUCCUCCCCGCACCAGCCGCCGGACAAGGGCGAGGCGGCGACCCUGGGGCUGCCCCCCCCCGCCGCCGGCGGCCAUGGCGGCUCGGACGGCAACGUCAGCCUGGAGGCGGGCGAGGCCGCCGCCGACCCGCAGCGCACGCGGGCCGCCAUCGACCACCUGCAGCAGAAAGUGCUGAAGGUGACGGAGCAGGUGCGCGUGGAGCAGGAGGCGCGCGACGAGAACGUGGCCGAGUACCUGAAGCUGGCGCACAACGCCGACAAGCAGCAGGCCGCCCGCAUCAAGCAGGUCUUCGAGAAGAAGAACCAGAAGUCGGCGCAGACCAUCGCCCACCUGCACAAGAAGCUGGAGCACUACCACAAGAAGCUGAAAGAGAUCGAGCAGAACGGUCCCGCGCGGCAGCCCAAAGACGUUCUGAGGGACAUGCAGCAGGGCCUGAAGGACGUGCGGGCCAACAUGCGGGCGGGGAUCAGCGGCUUCGGGGGCGGGGUGGUGGAGGGGGUGAAGGGCGGGGUGUCGGCCCUGUCCCACGCGGCCGUGGUGUCCAAGCCGCGCGAGAUCGCCAGCCUGAUCCGCAACAAGUUCGGCAGCGCCGACAACAUCUCCCAGCUGAAGGACACGCUGGAGGACCCGCUCCCCGAGGACACGCCCCGGGCGCUCAGCGGCAGCGCCACGCUGGUCUCCAGCCCCAAGUACGGCAGCGACGACGAGUGCUCCAGCGCCACCUCCGGCUCCGCCGCCGGCAGCAACUCCGGGGCGGGGGCCGGCCUGGGGCUGGGCCCGCCCAUGGGCAGCCCCAAGGCGGCCGCGCUGGACGCCCAUCACCCCGGCUCCUGGGACCCCCUGCUGGAGGCCCUGCGGGAAGUCAAGGCCAGCCAGGGGCACCUGGAGGACGCCAUCGAGGACAUGAAGGCCCAGCUGCAGAGCGACUACUCCUACAUGACCCAGUGUCUGCAGGAGGAGAGAUACAGGUACGAGCGUCUGGAGGAGCAGCUCAACGACCUGACGGAGCUACACCAGAAUGAAAUGACCAACCUCAAACAGGAGCUCGCCAGCAUGGAGGAAAAGGUGGCCUACCAGUCCUACGAGAGAGCGAGGGACAUACAGGAAGCGGUGGAGUCCUGCCUGACGCGCAUCACCAAGCUGGAGCUGCAGCAGCAGCAGCAGCAGGUGGUGCAGCUGGAGGGGGUGGAGAACGCCAACGCCCGGGCGCUGCUGGGCAAGUUCAUCAACGUCAUCCUCACCCUGAUGGCCGUGCUGCUGGUGUUCGUGUCCACGCUGGCCAGCUUCAUCACGCCGCUGAUGAAGACGCGGGCCCGGGUCGGGGCCACCCUGCUCCUCGUCUUCCUGCUGGUCUCGCUCUGGAAGCACUGGCCCUACCUGGAGCAGUGGCUGGGGUACAGCUGAGCGCCUGGCUGCUCUGCGGAGAGGCACACGUUCACUCACGGGAGGGGUGAGGGGGGUUUGGGGGCUUGUCUGUGGAUCCACUCGCGUCCUACCUGUGGGGGUUUACAGUUUUCGUUCCUUGGGCUCUUUUACCAGGAAGGCCAGUGACACGUUUGUGAGAACAAAAAAAUGUGGCCUUCAAAGAAUAUACACGACAAACGACUCCUUUAAACUUCACCUGUGAACAUGCCCUAGGUGGGGGGCAGAAAGGUCACAAAACAUGGCAGAACAAAGGAUUGGUGUGCCAGACCAAUGGGCAUUUGGUAUCAAGGCUGAGACUGAGAUGAAGCAAGCGGCUGUCUGUACGGUUACUUGGCAACCUUCAGUACUUCUCAUAGCACCGCGAAGAAAAAAAAAAAAGCCUGUGAUUGCAGAACAAUGGUACUUACCACAAAAACAUUUUUGGUAAUGAUAUUUUUUUUUCCCGAUCAGCUAGUUUUUCCAAUUUUGUUUAUUGACAGCAUGAGCACAGUGUCACUGAAAAGGUACUUUCAUAUAAUUACAGAUUCUGUUAGUUACAAUGAACAAAGAAACUGUAGUUUUUGUGAUAGCACUGGGCAUUCAGCUCUCUGAGAUCAACGCCUACAUUUUCCUCAUUUACACCUAAUCUGCUGACUUAGUAAUGCCUGCAAAACACACACACACACACACAGCAAUUAAGGUCUGCCACAAAACUCUGACUAAUGCCCCAUGAGAACUGUAGUGCUGUAUCUUCAGAUUGUUGUUCUGGCAAAAUGGCUUCCACUUCAAAGGAGCAGACUGUUUUCAGAGGUUUCGGGUACUACGGAUCACGCUGACGCCAAUAAGCAAAAUGCAUACAUACGCAUGAGAUGUAAUUUUACCUGAAUAAGGAGGAAAACCGUAAUAAAAUCUAGUGAACUUACUGCUUUUUUAGCCAGCAAGCUGAAACUCAGUUGCCUGCAGAGAAAGACACAGUUUAAGCCUGAAUGCUUUAUUUUAAAUCUCAAACAUAUUGCCUUGCUUUGUUUCUACAGCUAAACAGCAAGAUUCUUUUUUAAAUAAUAAAAUUGGAUUAAUUUUUUCACAGGAGAAAGCAAAAAUAAUCGGCAUGUUGAUGUUUUCUAAUAACUGUAUAUUAAAGAGCUUUUUUUGACCAGACAAUAAUUCACUACUGCAAUUUAACAUUGCAAAGAAACAAUAAUCAUUCAGUUUGACACAACUGUAUUUGUUUACGACAAAGGUAGUGUAGUGUAGAAUUUAGAUGACUUUUUUCUGAUACUUCGAUAGAUUAACCAGCAAUGCAGCCUCACUUCUCAUCUGUCUGACUGUGUCAUAGUCUCUAUGCUCCAAAUCACUACCAUUGUGAUGUUUCAUUGAUCCUUUGCAGUGGGUUAUUUCAAUACCCUCAACAGAGCUAAUAUCUGUAAUAGUCGUCUAUGUCGUUUGCCUGGGUCUGACGUUCUAUUCAGUGACUACUGCUGAGUACUUCAGACAGAAAACCUCGGAGAGUGCUUUUGUGCUGUUGUCAACUGGAAUUUGACAAAGCUUUAAACAAGUUCUCUUUUUGUUGUUUUUUAAAACUAUUUUAUUUCUGUGUGUUGUGCAUUUGCCUUUAAUUUUUUUAAAAUUCAAUUUACCUGUUUUUGUAAAUUAAUUUUCCCAUUCAAAUGCAAAUGAAAAAAAUUGCCCAAGCUAUUACUUUAAUGAACAAUGCCUGGCUGAAUUUAAUAUUUAAAAAACACUUCAGGAGAAUCUAGCAAUGCUAAUGAAAAAUAACGCAAUAAUAAAAUUAAUCAAGCGCAACGCAAAAAUGCGUUUCAACAGCAACAGUAAAUAUCUUACAACAAAGAACAACUUAUUGUAGACAUGAAGUAUUUUUUUGUUAAAUGAUUUUAUACACUUGACUCACACAGAUAAUUUGAAACAGUUAACCGUUUCUCUGUAGAUACUUCUGUUUUAUAAAUAUUAUAAAAGCAUAAAGAAAUACACCUCUAUGAAAUGAAAGUUGGAGAGACGCAAGAGUAAGAGAUGCCAGUAUGCGACAGACAUCAAAAGCAAUUUUCAAACAAAGGUUUUUGGCUCGAGAUAUUUAUGAUUCAUGUGUGGGUUCAAUACUCAUAGUUUACAACUGUGCCAUUCCAAUCCCAGCUUUGGCUCAACGUUAACAGCGCAGAGCUACGGGCAAAUUCUUUGGAACAGCAGACCAAGGGUAUAUAUGUACCAGUAACAUUCUGAUAAAUUGUGAUACAAUUCACAGACGGCAUAUGCACUUUAGGAUAUUUAUUCGACAAGAUUUACAUCUGCCAAGAUGAAAUCCACGUGUGCUGGGGUCAAAUUUAAGGCACUAGAACUAUGGCAAGGAUUUGAUUGUAUUUAGUCCAAACCGAAUUGUUUUAACCAGUUGAAAAGGCCACAUGGAGACUUCUCUUCUGUAAUACUUUCCCACCACCAAUGGGUACAUAGUGAUCACAGUACACUGACUCACUAGAUAGUAUUUAUCUAGUUUGCAAAUGCAUAAAUGCACUUCAUCAGGCUCCAUGGAUGCAAAACCUGAUUGGGCAAAUGAGCAAGGGAAGGUUGUGUUUAUUCAUGAAACUUUUAAGGUAACAAAACUGAAGAGUUCUUUGUUUUAGCACAGUAUUUUCAUGAGGUACUCUCAAAUGGCAUUUUAAUAGCAUUUUUUUUUGCUCCACUGUUGGUAUACUAAACUGGACUCUUGUGGACUCAGUUUGCAUUAGGUUGUAAUUUUCUUUCUAUUUGAGCUGUCUUGUCCGUCAUCUUUCUGAUAAGUGAAUUAACUGGCAAAGAAUGUUUGAUUGUUCUCAGGUGCAGGCGGACAGGGAAACAGAAUUUGUAUGGCUUAAAUGUGAAUACGACAGAUUAUGGAUGCUGGUGCUUUGCUGUGGAGCAGAAAGGUUGUCUGUACUCGUUGAUAUCGAAAACCUUCAAUAUUCGGGGGGAAAAGGCGGUUUCUCACCUGCUGUGGUCUAAUGUAUAAUAGCAGGCCAUAACACUGACCUUGGAUUGUCCUCUAAAAAAAAUGCUAAAAAACCAUCUCUUUUGUAUAUGCUUAAGCGCAUCCAACUAAAUGCUUAAGUUAGAGGUUAGAGGUUCAAUUUCUCCACAGAGAGCUUGACAUUAAUUUGAAGCUGUAAAGGGAAGUACAAGUAAACCCAAUGUUAACUGUUGAUGCAUAUUUUGCACAGCAUUUCAUAUGUAUACCCACACACACACACACACGCACACACACACUGUAACAAGAAGCAAGUAUGAAUAGAUAAUGAAAAGACUGAAUGUAGCCAAAAAGAACAGAUUUUUUUUUUUUUUUUUUAAAGCCUGGUUGAUGAAUGGCGGUUGAACUACUCAUGCAGAAGCCUGGUAAACAGAUUGCUUUUAAUUGCACGUGGGACCGAGCAAUGUGAACAUAGGAAUGUGUUAAUGUGUGUCUUACCUGGGAUUACCUGAAAAGAAGCAGGGCAUUUUACUGUAUUUCUUACACUAAAGCACCCCCUAGUGGUUAAUUUACACAAGUGUUUUGUGUCAAGUGCUUGGUUAAAAGAUUUUUGUCUGGAUCACAGAAUUCUGUUAAAACCAUACAUUAAAAAAAAAUGUCAUUUUCAAGCUGUAGUUGAGGCAAUAAAAAAUGCAAGUUUACUCUUUAA